UUUACCAACAAGUUCGAAACUCGCUUCUCAACACGGCCAAGUCUUCUAGUGUUCUUCAAGAACAAGGACAAGUUGUUUGUUUUCUCGUUUCCGCACCACAAUCAGAAUUCGAACGAGCCUCGUUCUUUUUCUCAGCAUGUGGAUUGUUAUCAUAUGAAAUACCCCAAAGAUUGUUCUUUCCCUUUUGCGGAAUCUGUCCACGGCUUGAUUUGCUUUCGAACAUCAGUAAAUCGCCACAUAACUUGGAACCCUAGCAUGAGACAGUUCGUAAAGUUAACCAAACCCGGAAAGAGGUGGAAGGAUAUAAAAGUCUUUUUGGGAUACGAUCCAAUCGAGGGUAAACACAAAGUAGUGUGUAUGCGUCGUGGUUAUAAAGUUUCUGGUGAGUACUGUCGGGUUUUAACAUUGGGAUCUGCUCAACAGUCGUGGAGAACGGUCAAAACCAACCAUAAGCAUUUUGCUUACAUUGGCUGUUAUGCGCGAUGCAUCAACGGUGUUCUAUAUUAUGCAGCCUUACUAGAUGAUGAUUCAGAUGCUAGCAUUAUAAUGAGUUUUGAUGUCAGAACUGAAAAGUUUGAUAUGAUAAAAUUACCAUUGAAUGAUUUUUGGGGCAUGAUGAUAUCUUAUGAAGGAAGGUUAUCUUAUCUUGAUUAUUAUAAUCCCAUGGACAACGGUGGUAUUAAACUGUGGAUUUUGGAGGAUAAAGAGAAACAUAUAUAGGUGGUCCUGUAAACACUUUGUUACACCUUUUGGUCCGAGAUUGGAAACAAGUUACAAAAUAGAUGGUGUCACUGAUGCUGGUGAGUUUAUUUUGGUACCUCUCACGUUUCUUAAAUCCUUUUUUAUUUUAUAUUUUGAUCCGGUGAGAAACAGCUUGCGAAGAGUCGAAUUUAAAGGAAUUGCGGAUGAAAAUUUUCCCAAUCACGUCGAGAGUGAUUGGAAACAAACGUCUGCGUGCUCUCUAUACUAUUCCCAAUCACGUCGAGAGUCUCGUGUCUUUCUAACAAUUAAAACAAUUUAUUGAUGAUCGUCUUUUUCCUACCCUUAGAAUGACACUUAGUUUUUGUGUGUGACAAUUUGAAACAGUUCAUUUGAG